UCAGUUCUAAUUGUGAUACCAUUUUUCUUGGAGGGCCGACUCUAACGCUGCUUCUCUUGAGACUUGAGUAGUAUUUUAUAGGCAAGGGAGAGAGUCGGAACUCGGACGUGCUCGCCGCUCCUUUUUCUUCUUCCUUCUCAUCCGUCUCUUGUCAUACGUUGCAAUGUCGUUUCCUUUCCAAGACAGGCCCAGCUUCAGGGACGGCUUUCGAGGCAAGUCCGGAAACGAGAUCAUUGAAGAAAUGAGGCAAUCAAUGGAUGAGAACAGAAAGAAAUUCUUCGAGUCAAACCCAAAGUGGGGACAUUCACGAUCACAUGCGGCCUCCAAGUUUCCCAAAGGCUUUCCUUUUGAUAAUGAUAUAACAUCUGGGAAAUCCACAAUCGAUGAACAUUUGGACAAACUAGCCCAAAAGCAUCCAGAAAUCGCAGAGCAGCUGAAAGAUUGGAAUACCAUUCAGAAGAGACCAAGGCACGAAGGUCCGUCAAGUGGUACGAGUAGUGAUAACAAAGAAGACGUCCCAGACAGACAAAACGAAGCGCACAUCGCGCCAAAAGGAGCCAGCAAUUUACGGAAUACCGUACCUGACAUGCAGCAUAACAACCAGGUCCAGGAUGAAGUUGACCGGGCUCAGAGAUCGCAGUCUGCUCCCCCAGAAGCUUUUCAAAAAGAGAUUCCUAUUCAGAAAAAUGAUUAUGUAAAUACUAACCAGUCGCCAAACUGUACACCGCCUCCUCAUCAUAACCAGCACCACCAGCAAGGUAUGCGUGGACCGACUGUGAGACAUAUUCCCAUUUUUGUGGAAGGAAGAGAUGAACCUUUGCUUCCUAAGGAAGCGACUGAAACUACCUCUUGUCCACCACAUCCACAACAACAUUACCAGCCACAAUCUGCAAACCAACAACCGAUGAGGCCAGUAAGGAAACAACAAAGGGCUCAGCAGGACUAUUCAAUUCCCAUACCUGUUCAGAUGCCUCAAGCACCGCCUUGUGCGCAACCUCAGCCACAGCAGCAACAGCACCAGCCCUCUCCUCAGCCUCCGCAAAACCAAAAUUCACCAACACCUCCGCCUCAAGCUCAAUCACAGUCCCCUCCACCCCCUCCCAGAAUAGAUCCACUCGAUCAGGUUGCCUUCGUUCAAAAAGAGGUUGAAAAUCUAAAAGAAAAGAUAUAUUCCAUAAAGUCCAUUGCGAAAAACGACAGGGAAUAUAUAUAUCUUGAUGAAAUGCUCACAAGGAAUCUUUUGAAGUUAGAUAACAUCGAAAUAGAGGGACGAGAAGAGGUGAGAGCUGCAAGGAAGGAAGCUAUCAAGCGAAUACAGGAGUGUAUCACGACCCUCGAAUCGUUACCAGACACUCAACAAUCAACAGAGCUUGCAUGCCUCACAACAGCAUCUUCUGAAUCGUCUACUUAAUUGAAUAUGUACACUAUACACAUAGAGCUUUUUUCUUUUUUUUUUCUUUUUUCACAAACUUGAAAAAUGUAUUUCAGACGUAUGCAAUUGUUUUUAGAAGGCCUCUCUCUCUACAUAUA